GCGCCCGCGCCGACCGGCGAGGACAAGAACGCGCUCGGCGCGCGGCUCUACCCGCUCAUCGAGCUCAGCCAGCCCGAGCUCGCGGGCAAGCUCACGGGCAUGUUCCUCGAGAUGUCCGAGGCCGACCUCGUCCGCCUCUUGGAGUCGCCCGCGCUCCUCGACGCGAAGGUCGCGGAGGCCGUCGCGACCCUCGAGGCCCAC